GAACAAAGAACUUUAUUUAAAAAAAAUUUUAAAAACCUUUCCUGUCUAUGGUAUUCUCUUUGCAAAGCUGCUUACUUUCUACUCCAGAGUUUAUGACCCAUCCCCAAAACACAUGGCUGGCAAAGCAUCUGUAAAGCUCUAUAGAAAGACCAUCACACUGAGAGGUUUGGCUGGAGUUCAGAGGCAGGUGCCCCAUAAAGCUCAUUUUUUGUUAAGUUCUUUUCAAAGGGUUUUCAAAGUCCAAGCACAAGUCCACUUAGCCAAGUAAUUAACUCCAAAUGGAGUGAGGCAGGGAUUUGACCUCUGUGGACUGAGAGCAUCUAAUUAAGGGAUUUGACCAAGAUCUUAUAGCGAUCAGGGCCCCAAGUCUCCGUUGUUGAAGUAGGCUCCAGUUCCUUACAACAAAUACAACAAAAGGCUAACAACCAUAAAUUGGUCAUAAAGUUCUCAAUGUGACCACAUUUUCCUUAAUAUCCAGAAAACAAAAACAGAGGCUCACCACAAUAAUAGGAUUUCACAUUAUAUUAUGGAAUCUUCAAUUUGGGCUUGUGGAUCACCAUAUACAGCGCUUCUAUUCAUCCAAGGGCCAUUUGCUGACAGGUGAGAAGAGGAUUGUGUGCUUGCGGCCUUGUUUUUUGUGAAAGAGUGGGUGAAGAUUAAAUUUAUUUAUUUAUAUCUCACCCUUUCCAAAAGGCUUAGAGCAACUUGCAAUAAUGCCUUUGUUAGGAUAAGAAAUCACAACAUUUUCAAUAACCAAUUAAGCUAUCUGAAACCAUAUAGCUAGAAGAUAGCUGUUUUACAAAAGCAGCAAUGAAUGCCACUGUCAAAGCAAAUCUAAUCCAAUGAUUUGGUUUACAAUACUGUACCUUUAAGGAUGUUACUAUCAACCAUACUGAGUGCCUCUAAACAUAUGCAAGCAGGAAGGACCCAAACCACAUGAUACAGAUCACUCUGCAACUCCAAAAGUUUCCUAAUGAAAAGUUCCUCUUUCUUUGAGCAGAACAAUUUCUGGACAAACGCAGGGAAAUGGCAUUGUUCAAGUGCAAACUGAUUCUAGCAGUGAAAUUCACCUGGAUUCUACAUAAUGUUGGUAGUGCUACAGAUGUCUGCAAAGUUACUGUCUCACAACCCUCAUUUAGGGAAGUGAAUUAUACUCCCAGCACCGUGAACAUAACAUGCAGUUUCUAUGCUUCUGAAUGCCCUGGACUUGCUCAAGUUCUGUGGUUUCGUUUUCUUGCUCUUAAGCAUGAGGCUUUAUGCACACCUAUGUGCACAAACACUGGCAAAUUCAAAGUGAUUGGACCAUCUAAUGAUAAAGCUUCACUUCAGAUCAGCCAUUUGACUGUAAAUGACAGUGCUGUUUAUUUCUGUGGAGUAGCAUUUUCACAAUCAGUUUCACCCACCUCUAAGCAAACCGGUGAAGGUACGACUCUGGUGGUAAGAGAAAGGACUGAAAAGGACCACAUUGAAGAAUACAUCCUCAUGAUAGUCCUCUCAUCCUUACUGUUUCUAUACAACACCACAGUAUUUGCAGUAUUUAUAGUCUACUACAAGUCAAAAUCUAAAUUCCUGAAGAAAACUGAGAGAGAAAAUGAAAGUGGAGAGCAACAUAAACAUAACAGUAGACGAAGAGUUUUUCAAGCAAUCGCACAAGAACUAUACAGGAAGAGAUAUGCCGAAAACCGUCAUCAGACUGGGAAUCUGGGAACAGAUGAUGACAACGUUUAUCAAAACAGAUGAGGAAAUUUAGCAGGUGUUUGAGAUUUCUCAGUCAAAACCUGAGUCUUUUUUUUUUUUUUUUUUAAACUUCCCUUCCAAAAAAAUAGAUCCUUACUGAAUGAUGGUUUUGGGGUUGGAUUUUGUUUGUUUUUUGUAAUAUUGCUUCUGAUUGCAUACUAAGAAAAAUAAGCUGAUAUUAUAGCGAUAGGAAAACAUGUCUAAGCCCGCUCCUGCAAAUGUAAAUAAAUAUAUUGGAAAGGGACUUCCAUUGAAGAGCUGCUUAUAUUUCAUGGAAAUGUUCUGAUUCAGAAUUUAUUUCUGCAUAUAAAAAGCUUUCUGUAUUUUUUCAUAUGAAUCUAAUGCUAACAUUUCAAGAACUUCUAAUAAUACAAGAACUGCCAACUCGGACAACACCCAAGGACCAUCUAGUCCACUGUCCUGUCCAACACAGACCAGCACCAGAUAUUUCAGAGGAAAGUGAAAACAACUUCCCUUCUCCAAAAUCCCCUGUGGACAAAGUUAGAGACUAAUCCACCAAUAAGGCCAAGUUUCUUCUUAAUCCCAGGCAUUUAAAAACUGGUUUCACUCUUGAAGUAUGGCAUCUUGUACACUUCUGCAGUCACUCCUAUAAUAAUUAUGCAAUCCUUUAUUUAAUUCCAAAAACUAUUUGCCUCAAGGUAGUGUAGCUGCAAAUUCUACAGGUUAACAUUUUUUUUUGGAUAAACAAUUCUUCUAUACACACUACACUACACAAUACUUAAUACAAGCAUGGACAAAGUAAAACUUAACUACAUAAAAACAAAUUGUGGGCUUUUUUGUAACGCACUAUGAUUAAUUGUUAAGAUUCCCUUUUACUUCAAAUUUUAUGAAUUGGCAAGAUGCACAAAUGUCAAGAUAAAGCGAUGAGAUUGUAUUGUAUGUCUAACAUUAAAAUAGGGGUGUAUUUCUCUCCAAGUGUCUGUGGACAUAACUUGUGGAAAAGCACUUUCCAACUCUAGAUGUCACUAUAAUUCCAGAAGUAGCUAGCUAAUAAAGCAAUGUGAAAAAGG